AUGUCAAUAUUGGCGAACAAUAAUGUGGGAGGCCAGGAGUCACGCAUGAUGAGAGCCGAGAUGCCUGUCCACCUCCAGAUUACCGGUUGGGACAGCAUGGCUUUAGUAUCAAAAUUGAGCAGUAAGGUUUCUCUCAUUCACACAGAAUGGCUGUUUUACGGUCAUUUCAUUAACUUUAUCGUUCGGUACUGCAAGUCAUUAAACAGCCGUCAUGAUCGUGUUACGGCGCUGGUGCUAAAAAUCGUUGGUGAUACAAAAUGGACAUGA